AUGGACGGGCCUGGGCAGCUUUUGACUCAUUAUUCGCCGGCAGUGACGUCGGCAUUGGUUAUUCCAUCAAGCGUUGCGUUUACCUCCUUGGAUUCUCCCUUGAUCAUCCGGAUAGGUGAAUCGGUUUUCUCGAUUGAAAGCACUAUUGUGAUUGACUAUAAGGGUGUUCUUGGGAUGCUGAGGCAUAAAUGCGUCGCUUACAAGGAUUUGAGCCCCAAGGGCAGCGCGAAGGAGGCGUCUUUUGAUGUCUUUGACACACUAAGAUGGACCGAGCGUAUUACUGGUGCCAAAGCUGUUAUCUUCCCUUUGCUUUCUGAAUGGCCUGAUCUUCUUGGAGAUGAUACUGAACUUCUGGCGGCAGUUGAGGAUCGCUUAUUUCGAGCGGCAUCAGGAAUUGUUGCCGUAAUAUGCAACUCAAAAUCAUCUUAA